AUGCCACCGAAAGUUUCAGCAGUAUCCGCCAACGGUGACGGAGAUCCAAACUUCAAGUUCGUCUUCACCGUCCUCAAGCAUUGCGAGUCGAUCAAACCGAACUGGGAGCAAGUUGCCAGAGAGAACGGCAUCGGUUACGCCAGAAACGCUGCCUCAAAGUUCAAAGACGUCGUCAAGAAGCACGGACUGCGAUUCGAAAACAACAGAAUCAACGACCCCGAAACCCCCCGGAUUGGUUACGACGACGAGGAGGUUGCACCAAAGACUCCAAAACGCGCAAAAGCGGCAACCCCGCGCAAGAGGAAGUCAGAAGAUGACGGCACUCUAGUCAUUGGCAAAAAGAAGAAGUCUGCACCACUGGUCGCGAAGGCGGAGGACGAGAGUGAAGAAGAGGUCAAACGUGAGGAUCAAGAUGAUAAGAAAGCAGUCUUCGCUCUGGUCAAGUCCGAGUACGCUGGACCAGAAGUCUAG